AUGUCAUGGUGGCGCGAGGGAUCGUUAAGAGAACUCACAGUUGGUCACCAAGUAGCCAGUCAACGCUACAGUAUUGAUAAAUCCGAUCCCCGGUCGUGGACUCUGGUUAUUCGUAACGUGACACCGUCUGAUGCCGGGAACUACAUUUGCCAAAUCAACCUUUCCAAGCUCAAAGAGAAGUUCUAUCGUCUAUCGGUUUUGCGUACGUUUAAAGAGAACCAUGCUCUGGAAACAACAAAACAAGACAGCACCAAGCUGAAUGACGAAUAUGUGAAAGAUGAGGCUACGCCCUACAAAAACAUGUCACAUCAG